AUGAUAAGGUUGAAUGCCUAUGGCAAUUGUGUGGGGGGUGAGAGGAAACUGGCCCAGAGUAAACCCACCACAUUGGUAGACAAGGACAGGGAGCAGAACAGACUCCCUGCAACCCAGGAGGAAGUGAUUAGUGACCUGCUGAGCCAUUUAAAUGCUCACAAGUCUGUGGGACCAGAUGGGAUCCAAGGUAAUUUGGUUUGGUUUAUUUUUGUUUUUGUUUUCAGUGAAGGGAGCAAUCUCACCCCUGCUCAUCAUUACCCUGACUUCAGAUUUAAGACGUAUGCACCUCUUGCCUUCCGCUAUUUCAGAGAACUUUUUGGUAUCAAGCCUGAUGAUUAUUUGUACUCAAUCUGCAGUGAGCCUUUAAUUGAAUUAUCCAACCCAGGUGCCAGUGGGUCCUUAUUUUUUGUAACUAGUGAUGACGAGUUCAUCAUCAAAACAGUUCAACACAAAGAGGCUGAGUUUCUUCAGAAGCUCUUGCCAGGUUAUUAUAUGAAUCUGAACCAGAAUCCAAGGACUCUUCUACCUAAAUUUUAUGGGCUGUACUGCGUUCAGUCAGGAGGCAUUAAUAUUAGAAUUGUUGUCAUGAACAAUGUGUUGCCACGAGCCUUGAAAAUGCAUCUCACAUUUGACUUGAAAGGCUCCACAUACAAACGGAGAGCAUCAAGAAAAGAGAGGGAGAAGUCCAACCCCACAUUCAAAGACUUGGAUUUCUUGCAAGAUAUACAUGAAGGGCUGUAUUUUGACUCUGAAACACACAGUGCGCUAAUGAAAACACUACAGCGGGACUGUCGAGUUCUAGAAAGUUUUAAGAUCAUGGAUUACAGUCUGCUACUGGGAAUCCACAUACUGAACAGUGAUGUGAAGGAAAAGGAGGGAGAGGGUUCACAAAGUGCAGCAGACACAAAACGUCAUGGAGGGCAAAAAGUUCUCUAUUCCACAGCUAUGGAGUCUAUACAGGGCCCUGGGAAGUCGGGAGAUUCUGUCACCAGAGGGACAACAAGCACAAUGGGAGGUAUUCCUGCAAAAAACCAUAAAGGAGAAAAGCUGCUUCUAUUUAUGGGUAUUAUUGAUAUUCUCCAGUCUUAUAGGUUAAUGAAGAAGCUGGAACAUUCUUGGAAAGCUCUUGUUUAUGAUGGGGAUACUGUUUCAGUUCACCGACCAGGUUUUUAUGCUGACAGAUUUUUAAAGUUCAUGAGCACAAGAGUUUUCAAGAAAGUUCAAGCUUUAAAGUCUUCACCUUCAAAGAAACGGUGCAAUUCCAUCACAGCCCUAAAGGCAGCAUCACAAGAAGCAGUGUGUGCAGUUAGCCAGGAGUGGAAGGAUGAAAAGCGUGGCAUUCUUGCUGAAGGACAAAGCUAUGCUAGCCUUGAUGAAGAAGUACUAGGUUCACACCACCGUCCAGAUCUAGUGCCAAGCACUCCAUCUCUGUUUGAAGCAGCUUCCUUGGCAACCACAGUUUCUUCUUCUUCCUUGGAUGUAGAUGAGCAUUGUCAACGUGAUCGACCUACGCUCUAUUCUAGCAGUAAAGGGUUACCUUCAAGUUCAACAUUCACUUUGGAAGACAGUGCCAUCUAUUUGACUUCAGAACAGAGCACACUGGAAAUGGAAAAUGAUAAUGCUUCAGUUUUGGAUGUCUACUUAUAACAAAGAAUAUGCGAAGAGUAAAAGUAAAAGAAGUGGCCAUGGUGAAUGAAGAGCACUUUCUGCACUCCUCAUUUAAGAAGGAGAAACUUGCUAAGCCUAAUAGACAAAGAAUAAUAAUCAACUGAAUUUAUUGUAAGAAGCGUCAGGAUCUUUGAACCACAGAAAGGAUUGAUGGACUUGGCAAAAAUGACAUGAUACAUUCCACACUCUGCUGUCAUCUGCUGUUGCUUGCUGAACUGUGAAGAACUGUGUAUUCAGGCUGCUUUCUAGUAUAUUGCCAAUCACCUUUUUUGGACUUGGAAGUAGUAUUUUCUUAUCAGAUCUCUAGUGGUUUCAUUUGCAUGCAUUCUGUAACUAUGCACAAGCAAAAUCCAUUAUCUGCUUUACCUAUUUAAAAAUAAGCACAAUUAUGAAUAAAAUUAAUUUCAUUUGUUUUGACCCCUCAGUUCUAAUCUCUUAAGUCCACAUCAGUGGAAAUUGGAACUGACAUCACAAGAGUUAGGGUAAACCUCUGAACAUACUAUAUGAAAAUGAGCCUCUAAAUAUACUUUUGCUGUUCAUAAAAGAGAGAAAAAAUUGUUAUUUAUAACAAUGUUGUGUAAAUAUGUUGCCUUUGAAAUAUUUUUGAUUUUGGUUUAUUUCUUGUAAAAGAGAAAAUCUAUAAUUUAUUUAGUAAAUACUACUGUAAACUAUAGUUUUAUUGAUGAAUAAAAUAUUUUGUUCUAAAGACUA